AUGAAGCAAAAGCGAAGGAAUGGUCUUGAUUCUGGAGAUGAUGCUGAGACGGGUCCAGAGGAACGCAAGAGACUUCAGGAGAGCAUUCGUCAAUGGAAUUUAAACCGACUCAGUCUGUUUGAGAUCACCGAACCUGAUGAGCACUCUAUUUUUCAUGGAGUUAUUCGUUUCUACUUUCAAGACCAUGUUUCAGGGAACUGUGCCACCAAAUGCAUUUGUAUCUCAAGCACUUCUACCACAGAAGAGGUCAUUGAAACCCUGCUGGAGAAAUUUCAACUUGAUGAAGCCUCGCAUCCAUUUCCAUAUUGCUUGUAUGAGGUCUUUGGAAAUGAAGAGGGAAGACAACUGCAUCUUUCAGAAAAGCCCUUGGUAGUUCAACUCAACUGGGCCAAAGACAACACAGAUGGGCGAUUUGUCUUGAGGAAUGGCAGUUCUUUAACUUUGCAGAAUGGCUGUUUGGAAACUAUGGAAAAAGUUGGCUUAAUUGAGAAUUUCAAAAGGACAUUAUCAAGGAAGGAGAAGACAAAAAAGAAACAGAAGAAAAAAGAACUUUCUAAAAGUCACACACUGGAGAAAGAUGAGUAUGAGGAUUCUUUCUUGCUUGCUGUGGUAAAUGACAUCAACAGCUCCACAAUCCACUUCAAGCUCUCACCUGCAUAUGUGUUUUAUCUGGUUGGCCGAUUUAUAACCAGCCAGUCAGAGCAGAGGAAUAAAAUCCACCAACAGACUGAACAGAACAUCUGCAGGGUAUUUGACAAAAUUGUGCGCUUGAUACAGGAUGUCAUUCAGAAACAGAGGAACAUCGCAGUGGCUCUUGCCUUCUGGAUGGCCAACACAUCUGAGCUCCUCAACUUCAUCAGGCAGGAUCAGGAUCUGUCUCCCAUCACACUCCAGGCUCAAAACACUCUCGCUCAUCUUGUGCAACAGGCUUUCAGGUACUUGUCAAAUCGACUUCGGGUUGAUCUUGAAAACGACUUACCUGGAUUCUUUACUGAUGUAGAGGAGACAGCUCAGGCAAAAGAAAUAGAGGGCGUAUUGAACGCUCUCAUAAAGACCAUGAAUUUGCUCCGGAGAUGUCGGGUCAACCCUGCUCUCAGCAUCCAGCUGUUUUCUCAACAAUUACACUUUAUGGGCGCCUGGCUCCUGAACAGGCUCACUGGGGCCGGGCCAGGAUCUACGCUGUGCUCACACUACUGGGGCAAAACUCUACGGCAGCGUCUGAGGCACGUAGAAGCCUGGGCAGAGAGACAGGGACUGGAGCUGGCAGUUGACUGUCAUCUCAGCCGCGUCAUCCAGGCAACAAUGGUUCUGACCAUGUCCCCUUAUUCUACACGAGACGCUCAGACAAUUCAGUCCACAUGCUACAAGUUGAACUCUUUGCAGUUAUGGGCAUUGAUGAGCAAAUAUCACUACGCCCCAAAUCAACCCCACUUUCCACCAGGUUUGAUGGAGCACGUGGUGGCCUUGGCGAAGGCCACGACAGACGUCCUGAGGGGAGAGGGUGGAGACAUCCGACUGGAAGAGGAACUAGAUCUUCACCUGCCAUUCCUGUUGCCUGAGGACGGUUAUUCAUGUGAUUCCAUGCGUGGCAUUCCGCAAGGAUUUCAGGAGUUUUUAGAGCCCAUCUGUCGUAAAGGUCUUUGUAAAUUAAUUCCUCAUACUGACUGUGUUGGCACUUGGACCAUCUUCUUUGGCACGUCAGAAUGUCCUACAGAGAGGUCAGCUUCAUGGAAACUUGAGCCGGUGAAAAUAAUUCUAAAGAAACCUCUGCAUGCUGGAAUGGGAGUGAGCAUUGUGGCAGCCAAGGGCGCUGGGCAGGAGAAGCUUGGCAUUUUUAUAAAAUCUAUCGUCCAUGGAGGAGCAGCAAAUGUGGAUGGAAGACUGAAUCCAUGCGAUCAGUUACUCAGUGUGGAUGGACAGAGUCUUGUGGGGGUGUCACAGGAAAGGGCUGCAGAGAUAAUGAUGCAAACUAGAUCAGUUGUAACACUGGAAGUUGUUAAGUCAGCAGCUGUGUAUUAUGGUCUUGAUGAAAUGUUCACCCAGCCAUGCCAAACAACAUCUAAAGAUCAUGAUAACAGUGAACAGGUCACACAGACGUCCAGUGUUUCUGAUGUCUGUGACAGCACAGAACCUUCAUUGUCUGAUCCAUCAAGACCAUCAAAGACAUGGAGAAAUCAGCACACAGUCAACAGACCAAACAAGAAACAAAACCAGAAACUGAUCAAAAAGAAACUGGAAUACUGUUCAAACCCCAACCUGGCAUCUAACCAGGAAAUGGCCGUCGAUUCAGGUGUCCCUGAAAGGAUGACAGUAUCUUUUUCGACUUACAAUCUUAUAGAAUAUGGGGAACCCAGAAGUACUUCUUCAGAUGUUGGUACUCUGGAAACGUAUCACAGACAAUAUCAAACCCUGCCAGCAUCUAAACCACAGAGCAAUAAUGCACCAAGCUCUGACCAGUCUCAACAUAAAGCUACAUUCUCCAGGAAUCAGCAAAAGAUGAACUUUAUGAAACAGGCACGUUCUCAAGACAAUCUUUGGAGUGUAGAUCAAGGACGCCUCUUAUUGGACAGACCAAAGUACUUGAAGAUACAGCACGACCUGAGCAAAUGGAAAAGCCUUGGAACCAUACGUCCAAUGAAUCCCAACUACUCCAGCUCACCAAUGGGACACUGGGACGGACUUUGGAGGGUCCCCACAGCCGCCCAGUCUGUGCCUCUCUCGCAGCCGAAACGAGUGGACGUCCCCUACUCACCAGAAGCCAACACUCUUUCAUUUAGUACAUUCUGCCAGCCGGUCAGUCCAGCCCCUGUUGUGGCAACCCAACCCGUCUCUUCAACACACAGUCAGAAUGAAAACCAGAACAAAUCCUCACUGGAGGUGUUGAAGCCACUGAUUCAACCAAAACCAUCUCAAAGACUUCAACAGCAAAAGGUACUGGAGAAAACAAUAGUCAUCCUGCAACCAACUCAAAACACAUCCCAGAAUAACCCAAAAAACAGAAGCCCAUCUCAACACCUAAGUGCUAACCCUGACCAGAACGGGCAUAAAAGGGUUGACAAGACUAGUACACUUCCCACUGGAGAUCCGUGGAAUUGGGAUGCUCAAAAGAAGCUGGAAAACCAGCAAAUGACAGGCCAGCUCCAACAAGAAGUUCAGCUGUUACAGGCCAAAGUGCAGCGCACCCUGGAGGAGAGUGACCGGCUGCGGAGGCUUUCUCUAGAACUACAGUUCCAGAAGAGACUAGAAGAGUUUCAGAUGGAUGAGAAUGAGGAAGAUGAGAGGACAGAAUGGAUGUGGUUUAAGACAGGAAGUGAUAAAGAGUCUAACAAUAGAAAUACUGGACUGCUGUGCAAGAAUGAAUCACCAGCAGUCCAGCAAUCGGAAGAUGGAGUUACUCAGGAAUCUACAGGAUGUGACAACAACGUCACACCUGAGAAGUUCUCUUCUGGCGAAAUGGAUCACAAAAGCUUCAAGACUCUGAGAUCUCCAGAGAAUCUGAGUUUUAAGGAGCGCCAGCAACUGUUUUCCUUGGCAAAAUUCACUUCAAGCAAAGCCAAAGUGUCCUGA